UAAGUGUCUGAGGCCGGAUUUGAACUCAGGUCCUCUUGAGUCCAGGGCCAGUGCUCUAUCCACUAAACCACCUAGCUGCCCUCAGUCAUUCAGCUUCUGAGUCUGUUUUCUCACCUAUAAAGUGGGCAUAAGAGCAACUGUUUUAUCUCUCUAAUAGGGUUGCUGUGAAGAUCAGUUGGGAGAAUGUAUUCGAAAAUGCUUUGAAGUCAUAAAGUACUAUGUAAAUGCUAUUAUUUGUCUAGCAGAAAUGUUUCUAAAAACCUUUCCUCCCCAGUCAACUAGUGAUGUUGCAAACAGUGGCUAUAGGAAUCUGGUCUGAAGAAGCACAGAGUUAGUGGCUUUCAGUUCUGAGCCUUGUUUUUCCCAGAGUCCAAUUGCUCUGGGCUGUGGGACUAAGGGCCCGUGUGCUAAUUUUCGAAGCUUGUCUAACCUUUAGCCCCUUUUGCUUUCUUAGUGACAAUAGAAAAUAGUUCAUCCCAGCCUUUUUUCUUCUUGUGUCUGAGGAGAAGGAAUAAGGUAGUUACUCUCAGUAUUUUAUGGUUAGGAGUUGCUGAGCCUAUGAAGGAAGGGCAGUGUGUGUUGGGGAGGGGGUUCCUUCAAGGCAGUACCCUCAUACUACAGUGCUUUAAAUGCCAAUGAGCCUCAGGGAGGGAAGCAAGGUGGGAAUCACCUACUUAUUGCUGACCUGUUAGGGACCCUUAGAGUAAGAUGGACUCAUUCCUGAGAGAAGGUGAUUGGAAAGGAAGCUUUAUAUUUCUGAAGAGUUUCUUUAUUGGAGGAUAGUGACCAGCUUACCUCUACCUCUUCUGGGAUCAAAGCCAAAGAAUGUGGGCUGAGAUUACAGGAGGAAAGAUGGACGUUAGAAUUCUGAAAAAACCUACCAGUGCUUACGAGGUGUAAGAACUUGGAGUUUGGAAAGGGAGCUAACAUAUUUUGAAGGACUUUCUUGGAUCUCUGAAUCAGAGAGGAACAGUGUGAAAAGAAGGCAGUGUGGAAAAGUGGAUGGCUUCUCAGUGCAGGUGGAACAAUUGGGGAAUGUCUGGUACUUGGGGAAAGGUCUAAAUGAUUCUUUAUAAGCUCUAACCCUAAUACUGAUUCCUAUAUAUGUGCCUCUUUUUCCCUUCCACAGUUGCUGCAGAUGACCCUGAGUCUUCUGGCCUCCCCCCCCACUUCCUUCCCUCCCCUGGGUCCCCCACUCUCCAUUUCAUCUGGUUCAUCAUGAAUGGUGCCCCUUCCCCUGAGGAUGGGGCUUCCCCUUCUCCUCCCCCUCUACCACCACCUCCACCUCCCCCAAGUUGGCGGGAGUUCUGUGAAUCCCACGCUCGGGCAGCAGCCCUGGACUUUGCUCGACGCUUCCGCCUCUACUUGGCUUCCCAUCCCCAAUAUGCGGGGCCUGGGGCUGAGGCAGCCUUCUCCCGACGUUUUGCCGAGCUCUUCUUGCAGCAUUUUGAGGCAGAGGUGGCCCGAGCCUCAGGUUCCCUUUUAUCAUCUGGUCCGAUCCCCCUGAGUCCUGGUACGGAAACCCCAUCCCGUGAUCUUUCCCUGGAGAGCUGCAGGAACAGUGGGCCUCUGACUGUGUUGGGUCCUUCUCGAUCCUCUGAAGACCUGGCUGGCCCUCUUCCUUCCUCAAUCUCUUCAUCCUCUUCAAAGCCUAAGCUGAAGAAACGUUUCUCCCUGCGCUCUGUGGGCCGAUCAGUCCGAGGCUCAGUUCGAGGGAUCUUGCAGUGGCGGGGAGCUGGUGAUCCCCCCUCUCCAGUGGGACCCUUGGAGACCUCUGCCUCUGGGCCACCCGUCCUGGGUGGAAACAGCAACUCCAACUCCUCUGGUGGGGGUGGUAGCACCAGUGUGGGGCCAACUAGCGGUGGGGCAUCCCCUGGGGAAAGAUGGACACACCGCUUUGAGAGGCUGAGACUAAGUAGGGGAGGGGGACCCUUAAAGGAUGGGGCAGGGACAGUGCAAAGGGAGGGGCUACUGAGCUUCAUGGGAACAGAGGAGGCAGCUGUUGGUGGAGGAGAAGGUCGAGGGGGAGGAGGAACUGGAAGCUCAUCUGGGGGUGGGGGACCACCAAGGUGGCAGAAGUGUCGCCUGCUGCUUCGGAGUGAGGGGGAAGGAGGAGGAGGAAGUCGGCUGGAGUUCUAUAUCCCACCUAAGGCAUCCCGGCCCCGGAUCAACAUCCUGUGUUCUACCAUCACAGAUGUCCGGACAACCACAGCCCUGGAGAUGCCCGACAGGGAGAACACCUUUGUGGUUAAGGUAGAAGGUUCCAUGGAAUACAUCUUGGAGACAGCUGAUGCCCUGAAUAUGAAGGCCUGGGUGUCUGAUCUACAGGAUUGCCUGAGCCCGGGGGAGAACACAGACAGCCUGGACCUAUCCUGCCUCAACCACUCAGAGAGUCUGCCUAGCCAUGAACUGCCCUUGGGACCGAGUGAGAGCAACGAGCACCUGUCUCAGGGGGCAUAUGGGGGCCUCUCAGAUCGUCCCUCAGCUUCUGUCUCCCCCAGUUCUGCCUCCAUUGCUGCCUCCCAUUUUGACUCAAUGGAACUACUGCCCCCCGAGUUGCCCCCCCGAGUCCCUAUUGAAGAGGGGCCCCCAGUGGGGACAACUUAUCCUCCUCCAGCCCCUUAUCCUCCUCCGGACACUCCAGACACCACAGGUUCGUUCCUGUUCCAGGGGGAGUCAGAUGGAGGUGAUGGGGACCACCCCCUUUCAGAGUACCCUUGGUUCCAUGGGACCCUCUCCCGACUCAAAGCUGCCCAGCUAGUGUUGGCAGGGGGUGCUGGCAGCCACGGUGUCUUCCUGGUACGUCAAAGCGAGACGAGGAGGGGGGAGUAUGUCCUCACGUUCAACUUCCAGGGCAAGGCCAAGCACCUUCGUCUGUCCCUGAAUGAGGAUGGUCAGUGCCGGGUGCAGCACCUCUGGUUCCAGACGGUCUUUGACAUGCUGGAGCAUUUUCGGGUCCACCCCAUUCCCCUGGAGUCUGGGGGCUCCAGCGACGUUACCCUCGUCAGCUAUGUCGUGGCCUCCCAGCGGCUACAAGAACCGAACAUCUCCCAUGACCCAUCCCAACCGCCUGACCCUGAUCCGAGGGCAGACCCUGCACACCCUGGGGAAGAGGAGGAGAUGGUGGAAGCGUCAGAAGCUUCAGAGGAAGAGAAGGCAGGCAGUGGAGGGACCCCAGGAGAGUCGGGCCCUGUGGCUGAGCCUGAGGAGGCCACAGCCCUGCACAGGGAGUCCUCAGGGCUAGAGGGGCCUGGUGGGGAGGUGGCGGUGACCCCUUUUGUGCAUUUCUUGCAGCUGCAGCCGGGGAAUGCCGGGGAGGAAGGGGUCCACUCCAGAGCCAUCAAUAACCAGUACUCCUUCCUAUAAGGAUGAAUGCCCCCACACAACCAAGUCCCCCUUUCUCCCUGGCCCCGGGCCAGGACCCAGGACAGAUCCUCCCCAGAGAGGUACAAAUGCUCCCCUUGCCCCUGUUUGUCUAGGGGGUGGGAAUGGUACAGAACAGAGGGACAGAGCCAUUAGUGACUUCCCAGAUGACACACUCCAAGCCACCCCUUUCCCUGGGCAGGGAACCUGGAUCUGUUCCCUCCUUUUGGGGGUGGGCCCGUUGUGCUCAGCCUCGCCUUCUGUGGGCCAUUUCUCCAGUACCUCUCACAGCUCUCUGUGAUGUAUUGGCGAGGGGCUGAAUCAGCUACAUUAAGUGAAAUGGAGAAACAUAAAUAAAAA